AUGUUCAUUCACGCGCAGGACACCCGCCCCUCGACUCCUCCUCCCAAUACCUAUCUGCGACAACUCGAAGAAGCCAUCGCCACUCCUGUUCCGGACCUCGCCUCUACCCUUAAUCUCACCUCGACUGAUCGCGAUGCACAAAACGAGGAAUGGGCAAAUCAGCCUCAGCCUCAGCCCAACGAGGCUCAAGGUCCUGCUCCAGGGCGAGCUGGCAUUGACAUGAUUUCGUCCACACAUGCAGAGGAUGGAGAGUGGUUUGCUGAGAGUCAGACACGAGGAUCCAUGAAUAACGAAGAGUCGGGGUUGUUGGUUUAUGUCAUGUCAAAUGGUCUGCCAGUCGAACAACUUUACGAAGGCCGCAUGUCAGGUCGAACAACAGCAAACAACCAGCUAGGACGUGGCUCAUUUCGUAGAUUGGGUUCGCUAGGUUCCCGAUCCAGGUCGACAAUACCACAAUAUUCCGACGACAGCGAUGCCGAUAUUGCACCUCUCAGGAUGGCAGCAGACCUGAGCUCCAGCACCAAUACAAGGAACCAUUUUCUUCAGCUUGCAGGUGUUCUGCAGCGAUACAGAUCAAAUCGUGGCGCCUGGGGGCUUUCCAGGGGCUCGGAUAUGGGCACGGUACCCACUGCCAGUGCUUUGCGAGCCCUCUGGAAUGAAGAAACUGACGAGGGAGUGGCUGUCACGAUGCCCAGUCUAGCAGGACUUUCCGCUGCCCAGCGAAGAGAGGCUGUCUCAAGACAUGCGCAAAACGUCCAGGGCCCUGCUGAGUCUCGAUCUGCGGCGUCAAUUGAUGCGCAACGAUCCGACGCAAGAAAGCGGGUGAGGAAAUUGAUCUGCUAUCUCUCCCGGUUACGACAUACCGGCAUAGAAGGUGGUCUCGAGGCAGCCAGAAAACUGGGCCUUGACUCCUUGUACGCGUCAGACGACUCCAAUGCCCCGAGCGACCUUCCCAUGCACAUUAACAGCCUCCCAAUUCCACAGUACAGCUCUUGGUUAACAGCCGGAAUGGUGUGGCAUGGCCUCCAGUCUACAGACCGCCAACCUGUCCGGACGCUUCGUUCCUCGGCUGCAAAUAUUCGUCGUGAAAGACAGCGCGGGCAGAUUCGCCGAACCAUAGCUCGACGGGGAGAAGCUUUUCGCGGCACUGGCGGCAGCGAUGAGGCUGCCGAAUUUGACACCCAGACCCUGCGAACCGCAGAGCGCUAUCUCUCCGACUUGAUGAGGCAGGAGAGCAACGGCCAAUGGACCUCAUCGCCGUCCUCCAAUCCUCUGCACACCACUUCUCAGCCGCCUGAGCCUGAUCACUGGCCGGUAAAGGUUGUGAUCCAUUCCGUUGACUGGGAAGCCAUGACCGUGACUGGAAUCAUGUCCGCCAGCCAGAUGCCGGAAAAGCCUUCUUCUUUGUACCAAUCCGGUGCCCGACAACCUCAAGGCACAACCCCAGACACAAUCACCAGCAUGUCCAGUUUUUUCGUGGGAGAGAUCAUCGAUUUCCGACGACAGCCCCUGGAGACGGAGAAAGAGGGCCGAGACUACGACGUGGGCGGCGUCGAUGUGGAUGCGAGAUACUGGGGACGUCUGGGACCUUUCAGCAAAGAGAUUGACCGAAUCCGACAUUUGCGUGGGAAAAAAAGGACCGAGUAUCAACAGAGCAGCGCGCUCUGGGACGCGUUUCGGAAAGCGGCUGCAGGGGAAGAUGCGCACAAAGAUGCUCAAGAUGCCUCCAACGCAGACUCCCCUUCCACCGACGACACGACCGUCGACGACUCGCCCACCAAAGUUUUGGAGAGUCCUGAGGACAAGGAAGCGGAAGCGGAUGAGAUUAUAGCUCGCAGCCUGAGCAGUGCUAAGUGGAUUGAAGAGAAGCUGGGCAAGGAGUGGAUUCUAAUGCGCUGGAAGGAACAAUGUUUCGUGGAUCCUCCGGAAAGCUCUACGAGGCCUGUCUUCACCACGCCUACCUCGGGAACAGGGCAAUCGACAAGGCGGUCGACUCGGGCCAAUAUUGGCGGACCUGCAUCGUGGGGACUGACGAUUGCGGGCUUCUACUACAUCGCCCUGAACCGUCUGACAGGGGAGAUUGACGGCUUGUACUACGACCCUGGAUCCCAACCCUACCAGACGAUCAAGAUGCUCCCGGAGGGUACAACUGUGUCACAAUCCCGGCCAUGUGGCUGCGGAGAGAAGGACUGUAAGGAUCCUGUCGGGAUCAGGAAAUGGUUUCCGGCUAUUGAGCUUCAGUAA